UGCACCUAAUGAGAGAGUUUCAUUUGGCAUCAACUCAGUCGAACUUGUGCUGUGAAAACUCAGUGUUUUUGACGUAAUUAUUUUUCUUAUAUUACAUUUAACAGCAGAGACUUAGCAUCGUAUGUGGUCAUGCAUCAUCUCCCGUCUGAGAAAGCACCAUUUUAUGUUUUUAUACGCGCCUGACCUUGUGUGUUCACAGCUAGCUCUAUGCUAACCUGUGCUCAGUGUUAGCCGGCUAAGCUAACUGUUUCAGAGGGCUCGUUUUGACUCUUCUCUUCGUGUUUUUGUCGCGUUCAUGAUGGAAGAUGAGGCGUUCACGGACAUUAAUGGUAAACCCAUAUCUCUGGACUGUCAGAGUCACUCCAGCCUCUGCAGGGAGUUCACUGUGAGCGUCCCCAAAGUGUCCAUGGGUAAGGUGAUGGUGUACACCUGCUGUGUGUGGCUGCUGGCGUACGCUGUGUUCUUCUUCACACAGAACACAGCUGUUCUGUCAGGUGCUAUAUUCGUCACCCUGGCCGGCAUGAUGCUUCACAUCCACUUUGUGAAGGUAGACCACGAGUCCCUGCUCUUCAUCGGCUCUUUGGGCAUACAGCUGUCCUCCAGCUACGCGUCAGGCCGCGAGACCACCACCUUCAUCGAGAUGAGCAAGAUCAAGGAUAUUGUCAUCAAUGAGGCCAUUUACAUGCAUCAGAUCAUCUACUACCUUUGUGUGCUGCUGAAGGACUCUUCAGAUCCGAACGCAGUGUCAAGUGUUGUGCCAUUGUUUCAGAGCUCAAAGCCGAGGCUCAGCUGCUUGGUGACAGUUUAUAAAAGCUGUCAGGAGAUUCUCUCAAAGAGCUGAUGACACACACAGUAAUUUUUCAGGUCAUGCAGUAUGUUUUUAAUGUUUCUUUAAGUUUCUUUUUAAUGGAUCAAAGCAGAAAGAAGUUUUUAUUCCAUUUUUAUACAUCUUGAUUUGAUGUACACUGUAUUUUUCUUGAUUUUUCUCACCUGUAUGAAUGUGAAUGUAAUGUGUUGAAUACAAAAGCAAGUUGUGCCAUAUAUGAAACUCCAA